AUGGCCAAGGACAAGAAAAAGGACGUUGUCACUCAGGACCCACGGUUUGCGAAAGUCUACAGUGACCCUAAAUUUAGACUCCCGAAGCGUAAAGACCUGAAGGUUGCAGUGGAUGAACGUUUUACGAAGGACGAGUUGAAGCUGGGAAAGAAAAGGAAGCUAGACAAGUAUGGACGUAAAAUAAAGGAGGACAAGAAAGAUGAUUUUGAUAAAUAUUACAAGAAGGAGGGUGAAGAAAGUCAAGAAGAAGAAAAUGAAAGUGAGAGCGAAAGCGACAGCGAGUUGAGUGAGUCUGCAUCCAACAUUCUAGAUAGAGCAAGAGGACUUGUGUCUGAAGAAUCAUCAUCUGACGAGAGUGAGAGCGCGAAUGAUAGUGAGCAUGUCAGCGACGAAGAUAGCGAAGAGAUCCAGCUUGAAGAUGAACCUCCAGAAGGAGAACCAACAAGUACUUUUGCGGUAGUGAAUCUGGAUUGGGAUCAUAUAAAUUCCACAGACCUUUUUGCUACCUUUAUGGGAUUUGUCCCCAAAGGUGGGAAAAUUCUUUCGGUGAGCAUAUACCCGUCUGAGUACGGAAAACAGCGCAUGCAGCAGGAACAGAUUGAGGGCCCUCCAAAGGAAAUAUUCAAGUCGAAGAAGGUGGAAAGCGAUUCGGACGACGAUGAGGACUUAGAUUUGGCCAAAGCAGCUAAAAAGCUUUACACAGAAGACGACGGCAUUGAUUACAAUUCUAAAGCUUUGAGAUUAUACCAACUUCAGAGGCUUAGAUACUACUAUGCUAUUGUGAGGUGUGACAGUGUGCAAACAUCGCGUGCUAUAUAUGAGAAUUGUGAUGGAACUGAAUACGAGUCUACAGCUAACCACUUUGAUCUUCGUUACGUUCCAGAAGAUAUGACAUUUGACGAUGCUCCUCGAGAUGAAUGCACAAAGGUUCCAUCCAAUUACAAGCCUAACUCAUUCACCACCGAUGCGUUGCAGCACUCUAAGGUUAAACUCACAUGGGACGAGACUCCUGCCGAGCGUCUUGCAAUGGCUUCCAGAGCAUUUUCACAGAAGGAGAUCGAUGAUAUGGACUUCAAAGCUUAUUUGGCCUCUGACUCUGAGGAGAGCGACAACGAGGCUGUCAACAAGUAUAAAAGCCUUGUUUCCGAGGUGUUGGAGAAGAAGGAUGUGAACGAUGUGGACAUGGAGAUUACUUUCACUCCAGGACUAGAGGGACAGGAGGAAGAGAAAGAGAACGAGGAAACCACCAUAGACAAAAUCAGGAGAAAAGAGAAAGAGAGACGGAGAAAGCGCAAGGAAAAGUUAAAGGAGCUGAAGAAGGCAACAGAGGAGGAAAAGAAGGAACGAAAGAAGGCUUUGAAGUCUGAGAGACAGGAGUUGGACGAAAAGAAGAAGGCAGAGCUGGAAUUACUCAUGAUGGACGAGGACAAGGGACCUGAACAUGAACACUUCGACAUGAAGCAGAUGUUGAAGGAGGAGAAGAAAAAGCGCAAGGACAAAAAGAACAAGAACAACGCCAAGAAGUCGGAGGAAGCUGGCGAUUCUGUCGACAUCGAUGAGAACGACGAUCGUUUCAACGAGAUCUUCGAGGACCACGCCUUUGCCAUUGAUCCAACUCACUCUGAGUUCAAGCGCACUGCUACUAUGGAGAAGCUGAUGAAGAAGCGUAAGUCCAAGGAGCCUCGAGAGAAGAACGAGAAGUUGGGAGACUUGGUUCAAAAAAUUAAGCGUCGUAAAUAG